AUGGACAGAGUCAAACGAAUUGUGAAUUUUGUGGCACCACCACCAGCAAAGGGUGUUGAUGGCCGUGAUCAAUGGCCGUCCCGUACCGCGUUCAUCCUCGCCUCCUUGAGUGGCGUCAUCGGCAUGGGCAACUUCCUGCGAUACCCAUCCACGGUUUUCAAUAACAACGGUCUACAAUGGUUUCUUCCUUAUCUCCUGGCUCUCGGCUUGCUAGCUGUUCCUUCGUUGGCUCUCGAACUCGCUGCAGGUAACGCUUAUCGGGGUGGGACUGUGACAGCCUUCAAUAAGAUCAGUCGGCGGAUGAGAGGUAUUGGUUUCGCCCUGAACUAUGUCGGCCUCGUCGUCAGCAUCUACUUUAUCCCUAUAAUUGCCUGGGGAAUGGUCUUCUUCCAAAAGUCAUUCACAAGCCCACUUCCCUGGGCCGGUGACACUGAGAACUACUUCUUGUACGAGGUCGUCCAAGCCAUAGAUCCGGAUACGUCUGGCACUUGGAUCGACUACCCUGGAACUGCUCUCGACGGUCGCCUUGUUGGAUGGAACGCAUUCCUCUUCUUCCUCGUGUGGCUCUGUAUGUUCCGCGGCACUGGUUGGACCGGUCGCGUCGUCUACUUCACAAUGGGCAUGCCUCUUAUCGUCAUCAUCAUCCUCAUCGGACGAGGAGCCUCGCUGCCAAAUGCCCGCGAUGGUAUCCGUAUGUAUUUUGCGACUUGGAGAGGCGAUACUCUUUCAAGAACGCAAAUCUGGCAGGACGCAGUUGGGCAGGUCUUCUACUCCACUGGUGUGGGCUUCGGUUUCUACACCGCUUAUGCCUCCUACAACCAUCAGUUCGCCAACGCUGCUCAGGACGCCGUCCUUCUCGCCUGUACAAAUGCCUUCCUAGAAGCGAGUCUCGCGUUUGCCGCGUUCGGCAUCGUCGGCUUCAUGGGAUUGCAACCCGAUCCAGAGAACCCCAUGGGGAGCUAUAGCUUAGGUUUUAUGACCUACCCUGAGGCCUUUGUUCAGAUGCCUGGUUCCAAUUUCUGGUCUGCCCUUUUCUUCCUGACCCUUGCUGUGGUUGGUGUCAGUUCUACUUUCGUCAUGCUUGACGCAUUUAUGACAUUGGUCAUGGACUCUGCAUUCGCCAGGCGCUGGCGCUGGUCACGGCCUUGGGUUGCAACUGCGCUCAUUACGGUAGUCUUCCUGCUGUCCCUGCCAAAUUGCACACAUUUCGGAUAUUACUAUAUAGAUGGCAUUGAUCGAUGGAUCAACAAUGUUGGUUUAGUGUUUGUCGUCUGGGCUGAAUGCGUCAGUGCUACUACCGUUUACCGAUUCGAGGAUGUCGUCUCCCAGGUUGGGCUACCAUCUUUCGCCGCUUACAAUGCCAGCUUCCUGAGCGCUCAGCUUCUCAGCCUUAUUAUUGGUCACACUGUCAGCAUCCCGAUCGGUGCGGCUGUCGGUCUCGGUAUCUUUGCAGUGGGGACCGUCAUAGCUUUUGUGAUAGCAAAAACUCCCGGUGUACGGCCAACUGUGAGGCUUUUCAAAAAAGGCAGGCUCGCAUCCAUUGUUUAUUACCUCGCCUUUUACUCGGGUAAUCAACUUCGGCAUGAUCUCAACACUGUCAUUGGCGGUGGCUCGAACUGGUCUCUGCCUGCCCUCUGGGCUCCUCUUCUGCGAUACGUCUCUGGCCCUAUCUUAGCUAUCAUCCUCAGCCUUGCAUACCCUAGCUUCGAACAGCUGAACAAUGACCCUCUCCACGUCAUGGGUUUCAUUAUUGGCCAUUUCCUGCUAGUCUGGUGUGUCGUCGGAUUUAUAAUGCCUGGUUGGCUAGACUUGUUCAUCAUCAAAGAGCGCCGCGACGACUGGAAGCAGCCAACAGCGCCAUGUCUCUUGAGAGAUACCACUGAGGGAGAGAUUGCUAACAAUAUAGAGGCCGCUUCGCCAUCUGAAUCCCUACAUGAAAAGAAGCACACUCCGGUAGCCAGAGACCCGCGCCACCACGGCGACGACUUGACGGACGGGAUUACCCAGCGCGACAGCAACAGCUCACUGAAGUGA